ACCAUGUGAAUAUAUCAGAGUGAGAACAGUUCUUUGAGCACAUGAAUAUCAGAGUGAGAGAUGAGUUUGUCUUCAGCAAAGUUGAUAAUAAUGGCUUCAUAUAUGUAUUAUUCCUUGCUUAUCAUAGCAGUACUUCUGGCAGAGAGAGGAGCCAGCCAAGAUGACGAGUGCAAAGAAGCGAGAUGUCGAGAAGAUGGGCCAACAAUCAGAUUCCCUUUCAGACUCAAAGGCAGGCAACCAAGCCAUUGUGGCUACCCUGGUUUCGAACUCUCUUGUACUCAUUCCAACAAAACCAUGCUUGAGCUCCCAGAUCUUCGGUUGAAAUUAUUUGUCACAAAAAUAAACUAUGAAUUGCAGGAUAUGCGUGCAUAUAAUCCCACUUGUAUCUCCAAACAGAAUUUGAAAUUCCUCAAUCUUUCAACUUCUCCACUCCAGUUCUAUAAUACUGAUAACAUGCGUUCUAUGCUAUUGAAAUGCUCUACCAAUCACACAGAUAACGGGGUUUUGGAUUCUCCAGUCCCUUGUUUAACUGACUCCAAAUAUUUUGUUUAUGCCAUCGAUUAUAACUUUAAUAACUUCAACUACUGGGGUGAUAUAGUUUCGUGCAGCAGAAUGUUUAGCAAUUUACCAGUCCCACCAGAAAUAUUCAAAUAUGAAUAUGUUUCCUUGGAAUGGUCCAAACCAGAUUGUUCCCACUGUGAAGCGAAAGGAAAUAAAUGCAGAUUGAAAAGUCCUCACUCCAAUGAAACUGAAUGUUUAACAAGGAAAGAUGGUCAACGGUUAAAACUUUCAUUGGUGACAGCAGGUAUUGCCAUAGGUUCAUUUGUUAUGGUACUGGGGUUUCUUGCAACCUUUUAUGUCUACCAUAUAGAAAAACAGAAGAGAGAAAAUGGAUUAAGACUCGAAAAGUUUUUGGAGGAUUACAUAGCAUUUAAGCCAUCGAGAUAUAGCUAUGCAGAUGUGAAAAAUAUCACAAAUGAGUUCAAGGACAAAUUGGGAGAAGGAGCAUAUGGAGUAGUAUAUAAAGGGAAGCUUUCCAGUGACAUUCUGGUCGCUGUAAAGAUUUUGAACAAUAUCUCUAAGGGAAAUGGGAAAGAGUUCAUCAAUGAAGUGAGCACAAUAGGUCAGAUUCACCAUGUCAACGUGGUUCGUUUGGUUGGUUACUGUGCUGAUGGAUUUAGAAGAGCCCUGAUUUACGAGUUCUUACCAAAUGAUUCGCUAGAGAAGUACAUAUCAACACAACGACCAGUUGGCCAUGAAAAAUGUUCACUUAGUUGGGAGAAAUUGUUUGAAAUUGCCUUAGGAACAGCCAAGGGAAUCGAGUAUCUCCACCAAGGCUGCGAUAAACGAAUCCUUCAUUUUGAUAUCAAGCCCCAUAACAUCUUGUUAGACCACAAUUUUAAACCAAAGAUUGCUGAUUUUGGUCUUGCCAAGUUAUGUUCAAAGGAUCAAAGCAUGGUGUCGAUGACCACGGCUAGAGGAACCAUAGGGUAUAUUGCACCUGAGGUAUUCUCUAGGAACUUUGGAAAAGUGUCUGAUAAAUCAGAUGUUUAUAGCUUUGGAAUGUUGUUACUUGAAAUUGUAGGAGGUAGGAGAUCAAAUAACAACAUCGAUGAAAUCUACUAUCCAGAAUGGAUUUUUAAUCUUUUAGAAGGAGGAGAAGAUCUUCGAAUUUAUAUUGACGAUGAUGGAGAUGGUAAGAUUGCUAAAAAGCUUGCAAUUGUGGGACUUCGAUGCAUUCAAUGGCACCCAAUAGAUCGUCCGACUAUGAAAUCUGUGGUUCAAAUGUUGGAUGGGAUUGAAGAAUUAAUCAUGCCACCCAAUCCGUUUUCAUCUUCAGAUCCGUCCAAAUUAAAUACCAAUUUGCCGAAGAGAUUUUUGAACACCUUAGAAUUAGAAACUAUAUCCGAAUGAACAUGAUGACUAAGUAUUAUUAUUUCAUAUUUUAUCUUUGUUUUCUUAUGAACUUGCUUGUGACUGUUGUUUGUAAUUAUAUUCAAUAUAUAUAGAAAGCGUUAUAAGUUUUAACUGCA